AUGGCCACCAACACAUCGCCCAGGACCGCCACCUGGGCCCCAUUCUCCUCCAUGAACCCUACUACAACGCAGCACGACUUCCGCUUCCCCAGGAGGCCUGACCAGUUCAUCGCCGACCGCUACGGUCCGGACCUCAACAAUGCAGCAGCAGCUUCGCCCGCCCACAGCAAGGCGAGCUCAGAUCUCCGAUCCAGCCUCCAGGAACUCAAGCUCGACAUUUCUUCGACCUACGAUAACGCUCAAGAUAAGCUUCUUCAAUUUGAAGAUUUCCUCUCCGCCAAGCCGCCCAUGGACUCUACCCUUAGCGACUUCAAGCAGAUGCAGAGGGAAGACCCUCUGGCUUUGCAAGUCUGGAAGUUCUAUGCGCGAACGAGACAACUUCUUCCCGACCAGCAGCGUAUGGAAAACCUGACGUGGAGGAUGAUGCACGGAACCCUUCUAAGGCAUCGCCUCGAACAGCUGAACAACCGUGAGCGCCCGGGACUGAUGAGAAAUGUGUCCAGCAGCAACGCUCCGAGCGGCAUCGCUCAGCAGCUGCAAAAGUCCUCGGAGCAGGAGCAAGACUACUCGUCCCAGGUUGAUCUCAUGAACAUAGAUGACUUCAUCUUCUCGGAUAGUGCUGCUACACCGCUUGCUUCUCACGCCGAGACCCCUCGUCCUGCCAACUUUGCCCCAGACAACAUGCAGGGCAUCACCACCUCUCACCCUCACGCGCAUUCCUCUGCUAUUCCUAUCAAGUCCCGUAAGGACUCGCAGCAACGGUUUACACCGCAGUCUGUUCCGUUCCCUCCGCGCCACCAGGGCGAGUUCAACUAUGUGGCCCGUCAUGUUCGCAAGACGAGCAUUGACGAUAGACGUACUCGCAAGCGUCCGGCCGACUUCUCUCCCCAUGUCCCCGCUGUCAAUAGUACUACAGGCCGACCGAAUGAACUGGAUGCCGAUUCUGAUCUCCACGAGUACUCGCUGGAUUCGGCCAACCAGAAUGGCAUCCCUCAGCAGCAACCUGGUCAACCUGGAGUUCCAUACCAUUUGGACACCUUCAACCUGGAGACUGAUCCCAUUCUUGCUUCCGCUGGACCCUACCAGCAGCAAUUCUUCUCGCCAUCUACUUCGCCCAUGAUGACGAAUGGCUCGUUCGCUGGUGUUUACAAUAACAACUCUAUGCCCGGAUCAUCGAUGAACAUGGGUGACUUUUACUCGCCUAACGCUUCCGGUUACCAUUCUACUGCCACGACGCCACAUGCGGCCCCUGAAGGCGAGGGCUUCUACUUUGGAUCGAUGGACAUCCGCAACCAGCGACAGCAAGGAGCCGGUUUCCGCAAUCCUGCCAACUAUGGUGGCAACACGUCUGGCCAGGCUUUCGUGUACGGUCCCAACAAUGGAAGCUCGGCGUUUUCUGUGUCUGCCCCAAGCUCUGAGCCACCUUCGGCUUAUAGCACCGCACCGAGCUCGUUCGGACACAUCGAUCCUUCGCAAGUUUUCCAGCAGCAAGAUCAGCUGGUGAGGUCGCCGAGGUCCUCUGUGAACAACGACAACAUGUUCUCGUUCGGAACGGAUUCGGAUGAUGACGACGGCAGCGCUUUUGCCGACCGAAAUAUGGCCAUGGCCGGUAACUUCUCGCCCACGCCUAUGGAAGAGAGCAGUUCCUUGCAGUGGGAUGCUUCUCUUCCCGGUCAAUUCAGCACUCAGGCUGCACGCUACCCUGGCGGCCCUCCUCGCAAAUCCGUCACGAUUGGAGGAACGACUACUGAUUAUGUCGAGACUGGUGGAGAAUGGGACAAGAAUGGUAUCAACCGGUCGCAGUCACAGACCUUUAAGUCGGGCGGCGUGGAGAAGCGCCAAAGGUUGCCGAGGACGUCGUCCACCUCAUCUGCGGCUCGCCUCGCUACCCGAGGUAGCACGGCCAACAACGCUGACAGAACGGCUCGAUCUACGCCGAGCUCUCCGCCUGCGGAUGGUGCUGUGUCAGGAUUCUCGUCUGCCGCUCCCAGCCGACCGUCGUCGCCAGCUCCGUCGAAGCACGGCUCGACCACCAAUCUUCAGAAUGCCGGAAAUAGUCAGGGAGAGAGCAACACACCUACCACUUGUACUAACUGCUUCACGCAAACCACUCCCCUGUGGCGCCGCAACCCUGAGGGUCAGCCCCUUUGCAACGCUUGUGGUUUGUUCUUGAAACUGCACGGAGUUGUGAGACCGCUGAGCCUGAAGACGGAUGUCAUCAAGAAGCGUAACCGUGGUUCGGGACCGAACGUAUCCGGUAGCGGUGCGGGCACGAGGUCCAAGAAGAACGCUUCGGGGACAAACUCUGCCUCCGCAUCUCGGAAGAACUCGUCGCUCGCGGUAUCUGCGAUGGCUAACAGUAGUGGCACGAUGGGUAAUUCCUCGUCUACCUCUACUAAACGCGGCGGUGGUGUUACCAGCAGUGAAGCCCCGUCGGCCGAUGUUAGUCCCGGAUCCAAAGCUACGGGAAGCACCGCCUCCACAAACUUCCAGGGGGCUGCUGGGGCUGUCGGAGGGAAAGGUGUCGUGCCCAUUGCCGCAGCUCCCCCUAAGUCGACCCCUGGUCCUGGUGCGUCCUCUAUCUCGAGGUCGAUGUCGAUGAGUUCAAAGCGCCAGAGACGGCAUAACAAGAACGUCGAUAUCGACCUCUCGGGUGAAAUGGAUGUGGACAGCCCGGAGAACUCGACCGGAUCCAAUGAGGCUACUGGCAAGUCCACGUCUGGUUUAACCCACGCUCAUAGUUCCGCCAGCCUAGGACUGGCGAGUGCCUUUGGCAUGUCUCAGCGACCGAUAGGAUCCCAGAGUAUGAUCUCUAUGGCCGGUGCUCGGCCAUCAGGUGUCAUGGGUAAUCCCGCGGCGGGAUCUUCUGGAGCGCAGGAGUGGGAGUGGCUUACGAUGAGUCUCUAG